UCUUCAUAUUGAAUACGUUGUGUGUGAAAUAUUGUGUUAAGUGAACGGAAAAAGCAAACAAAAAAAUGAAUUGCUCAAUUCGUUGCAGGUUGAUGACAGAUAGUUUCUUGAAAUGGUGUGCACAGAAUAAAAUGAUCGUGUUUCUAACGUUAUUGUCGUUUAGUUUGUUCGUCUCCACUUGGGCCCUAGCAGCACAAAGGAAUAGCCUUCAGAGAGAAGUUAAUGACUUGAAAAACACACCACCUCCAGCGUUGGUGACUGAUAGUACAGAUAACCCUGACACUGAAGCGCCGCAGACUCAAGCGCCGGAGACUGAAGCGCCGGAGACUGAAGCGCCGGAGACUGAAGCGCCGGAGACUGAAGCGCCGGAGACUGAAGCGCCGGAGACUGAAGCGCCGGAGACUGAAACAUCUGAGACUACAACAACGCCAGAAACAGAAACAACGCAGCCUCAUGAUAACAAUGGUAAAAAAAAUGUUGAAGAGGAUGCUAGUGCAGAAAAGCUUCCAUCACAAACACCUAACGACAGUGAACUAGCCAGUAAGAUUGUGAAUGAUGACAGUUCUGAUACGUUUAAAAGUAAAUUACUAAACAUAAUUGGACAUGCAGUGUUAAAUUAAAUAUGUUUUUAAUUAUAUCAAAUAUAUGUAAGUAGAUAUAUCUAGGCAUAAUAAAUAAAAUAUGCUCCUUAUAAGUACGAAAGGAAUAUAAUACAGGGUGUUAGUGACAUCGUAACGAAAACUUUGAGGGAUGAUUCAGACCAUGAUUCGGAGUCGAUAUCAAGUGGAUUUUUCCGUCGCAAAAAUCAUGUAUUUUUUUUUAGUUUUUUUAAAUUAUUUUCAAUUCUAUACUUUUGCGAUGGAAAAUUCCACUUGAUAUUAACUCAGAAUAAUCAGCUUAAUCAUCCCUCUCAGUAUUCGUUACGAUGUCACUUACACCCCGUACAAGUACAUACGGUAGCCAUACAAGUAGGUAUGGGUGUUAGUGACACCGUAACGAAUAUUGAGGGGGAUGAUUCAGACCAUGAUUCUGAGUUGAUAUCAAGUGGAAUUUAAAAUAUGCUCCUUAUAAGUACGAAAGGAAUAUAAUACAGGGUGUUAGUGACAUCGUAACGAAAACUUUGAGGGAUGAUUCAGACCAUGAUUCGGAGUCGAUAUCAAGUGGAUUUUUCCGUCGCAAAAAUCAUGUAUUUUUUUUUAGUUUUUUUAAAUUAUUUUCAAUUCUAUACUUUUGCGAUGGAAAAUUCCACUUGAUAUUAACUCAGAAUAAUCAGCUUAAUCAUCCCUCUCAGUAUUCGUUACGAUGUCACUUACACCCCGUACAAGUACAUACGGUAGCCAUACAAGUAGGUAUGGGUGUUAGUGACACCGUAACGAAUAUUGAGGGGGAUGAUUCAGACCAUGAUUCUGAGUUGAUAUCAAGUGGAAUUUCCUGUCAAAAAAAUUCAUGAUUUUUUUUGUUUUUUUUUUUUUUUUAAUUAUUUUCCUAUCCAUACUUUUGCGACGGAAAAUUCCACUUGAUAUCAACUCAGAAUCAUGGUCUGAAUCAUCCCUCAAAGUUUUCGUUACGAUGUCACUAACACCCUGUAUAUGUCUGACUAAUAAGUAUAUUGUACACGUAUUUCGUCUUCUUGACCAGUUGCAUGCUGCCCGCAUAACGCGCGUGAUGCUGUAAAUGAGCUAAAACAAACUCUAUUGGUUCAUUUAUCGUGUCGCGCACAAUUAUGCGGGCAUCAUGCUAAGGGGAAUCACUAUUAUCAUCAAGUGUAAGUACCUAAUUAUAAUAAUUACGCAUUAUGAUGUGUAUUUGUACGAAAACUCGUACAUACAGAAAUAUUUAUAAUUAUUGUGAAACAAUUCUAUAUUAAGUUUUAAUUCUUGAUAACAUAUUAUUAUAAUGUAAUAUUAAAAUAGCGUGAAUGUGGAAUUGUGAAAAAAUAAAUUUACUAAAGUGUA